UCUCCCAUUACGCCACAAUCUUCACCCAGUGAUUAUCAUUCCCAAAUUCAAAGCCAACUGCCGCGUUCAGCGUACAGCAACCACCUGCCGUUUGGUCAGUCGACGGCUAGUGCGACACAACAACAACCGCUCUCAACAAAAAUGUAUCACUCCAGCGCCGGCUAUCCCGAUCUUACGGGCGGCGCGGCUGGCAAUAGUAGCUACCACCACCAACAGGCUAUGAAUGCGCCAGUCUAUGUGCCUUCCAAUCGCGCACUCACCCAAAGCCAAUACAAUCAUGUUGCGGCCCAUUUUGGCACCGCCGCAGCGCAGAACGCCUGGACCACCGACAGUUUUGGCACUGCGCAUGCCCAACUGCCAGCGCAAUUCUAUUCGAUGGGCUCGUGGCGCGCAGCCUACGAUCCUACCGGCUUUCAGCGCUCAUCCCCCUACGACAAUGCAAUUGACUUUCAGUUUGGUGAAGGACGUGAAUGUGUCAAUUGUGGUGCAAUCAGCACACCGCUUUGGCGACGCGACGGCACCGGCCAUUAUUUGUGCAACGCUUGCGGCCUCUAUCACAAGAUGAACGGCAUGAAUCGGCCGCUAAUCAAACCGAGCAAGCGACUGAUUUUAUCCUUGCAGACGGCCACAAGACGGCUGGGACUGUGCUGCACCAAUUGCGGUACGCGCACCACAACGCUUUGGCGGCGCAACAAUGAGGGUGAACCGGUGUGCAACGCCUGCGGACUCUACUUCAAGUUGCAUGGGGUCAAUCGGCCUUUAGCGAUGCGCAAGGAUGGCAUACAGACGCGCAAACGUAAGCCGAAAAAGUCCAACAGCUCGGCGGAUGUAUCAAAGGAUGGCAAAGAUGAUGACUCGAAGUCCUCACUCGCUUUGGAACGCCACAGCCUGCCUUCGUCUGUUGCGCUCACCGCCAAGCUGCAGUCCGAUUUGAGCCUGAAAGCCAACAGCAGUCUUAACAACUCACUUGCGGCCAUGAGCAGCGCUGUCGGUGGCAGCGGUAGUAUUAACAACAACAACUCCUUGCACAAUCUCAGCUUAAGCGCUCUCAGCGCCUCGCCAUCUUCCAGUAGCUCAUUGCACAACACACUCAGCCAUCACAUGCAUUUGUCGUCCGCAGCCGCGCAGCAGUCCCGUCAUUCCACCAUCUCGCAUACGCAUUCACACGCGCACGCGCAUGCCCACUCCUCCGCCGGUAGCACACCCACCGUGCACUCAGCCUCCACUGCCUCGUCGCUCAACUCAAACCUAUAUUCGCCGCAAAGCAAUGCAAGCAGCGCACAACUCUCCGCCUCCAGCUUCGGUUCGCACAGCAUCUCAAAGUACGAACACCUACUUGCGUCCGCUGGCAGCGGCGGCGGUGGCGGAGGUGGUGGUGGUGGUGGUAGCAUUGGCAAUCUCAACAACUCCUCCCCCAGCGCUGUCUCCCUAUCUAAUGGUAUUUCUGCCGGCACGCCAAGUCCCAGCUAUCAUCAUUCGGCGGCAGCGGCCGCGCAUCUGCAUCAUCAUCAUCAUCAUGCCGCGGCGGCGGCUCACCAUGCUGCUUCACAACACUCCGCGGCCGCUUUGGGUCAACACAGCGGCAGCUCGCACAUCGGCAGUGGCUCUGGUGACUCAACCACUGGUGGCGUUGGUGGUUAUAGUGUAAAGUCCGAAGCAAAUGCCAGUAAUUAUGAUUAUGUGAGUAACUGCUACUUCAGCGGCUCGUUUGCGCCCUUGAGCGCCUCCUCGGCGGCAGCUGCGGCUGGCAGCAGCAUGGGCAUGGGUAUGGGUGUGAGCGUCGGUAUGGGCGUUGGAAUGCAUGGCAUGCACGGUUCGGCCAGCGAAAUGGCCAGUUAUCACCAUCAGCACAAUGUCAUCCAGGCAGCCAAGUUGAUGGCCACAUCGUAAGGGUGAGCAAGGACUGAUGACUAGAUACAUACUCCGCAGUGAAGAUUCUAAAAAAAGUUUAACAAAAAGUAUCAAAAUACAACUUAGAUAUGUAUGUGGUUAAAAAGUAACUAAAUUUUAUAUAUGUAUGUAACUUUAAUUUUUUUUCUAAAUAGGUACUCUGAAUAUAAUUGUACAAAAAUCAUUUAAGCAACCAAAAUCGUUUAAGUUUGUAAAAAUGUUACCGAUAUAAUCAAUGUUUGCCGCCAUGGUUUUUAAGCAUCUCAUCUCGUUUUACUUAAUAAGAAAAAUAAAAUUAAUGACCUAGAAUCUCUCUAUACAUAUGUAUGUAUGUGUGUAUUUAACUUGAAAUAAGUCUGUAUUGAAAUUGUAAUUAGUGAAGGUCUAACUUAAGACCUGACUUGACUUAAAUUAAAUAAAUACGUAAUUAUAUGUAAGUGGAA